AUGGACCCAAUAGCUCAUAAUAACACAGACCAACACCAGUGUGCCACAUGUGGAAAAGGAUUUAAACAGAAAAGUAUCCUCAUUAUCCAUGAGAGAAUCCAUACUGGAGAAAAGCCUUACCAAUGUACUGCAUGUGGAAAAGGCUUUAAACAGAACGGUAUCCUCAUUAUUCAUGAAAGAUUCCAUACUGGAGAAAAGUCUUACCAGUGUACCACAUGUGGGAAAGGAUUUGCAGGAAAGAGCGAUCUCAUCAGGCACCAGCGAAUCCAUACUGGGGAAAAGACUCACCAGUGCAAUAGAUGUGGAAAAUGCUUUAAAGAGAAAAGUACCCUAAUCAAGCAUCAGAUAAAUCAUACUGGGGAAUGGCCUUACCAGUGUUCUACAUGUGGAAAAGACUUUGUUUAUAAAAGUGCCCUCAUCACCCAUCAGAGAUUCCAUACCGGAGAAAAGCCUUACGAGUGUGCUACAUGUGGAAAAGCCUUUCUACGGAAGUGUAAUCUCAUCAGGCACCAGAUAAUCCAUACUGGGGAAAAGCCUUACGAGUGUGCUACAUGUGGGAAAGGAUUUGCAAGAAAUAGUGAUCUCAUCGGACACCAGAGAAUCCAUACUGGGGAAAAGCCUCACCAAUGUGGUACAUGUGGAAAAAGCUUUAGAGAGAAAAGUCACCUCAUCACGCAUCAGAAAACUCAUACUGGGGAAAGGCCUUACCAGUGUGCUACAUGUGGAAAAGACUUUGCAUAUAAAGGUGUCCUCAUCACCCAUCAGAGAUCCCAUACUGGAGAAAAGCCUCACAAGUGUGGUACAUGUGGAAAAAGCUAUAGACAUAAAGGUGCCCUCAUCAGGCACCAGCGAAUCCACACUGGAGAAAGGCCUUACCAGUGUACCACAUGUGGGAAAGACUUUGCAGUCAAAAGUGUCCUCAAAAGGCAUCAGAAAAUUCACAUUGCCUAAUCCAAUUCUUGAAAAAAAAAUGGAUGGAAUUAUAUUCUUCAAAGAAUGAACUGUUUAGAGCUGUUAGGGGUCUGUGAAAUUACCCACAAUUUUUUUUUUGCCAUUUUAGAUGUUUUUACAGUAUCUGAGGAAAAUGUGCCUUUUUGGUGUGACAUCACAUUUCUGUAAAAUACAAUUAAUAAUAUUCUGCACAAACAUCUCCCCAUGCACUGUCUACUAUUGUUCUUUAACCCCCAAUACACACUACUACCCACCCCCCCACACACACACCUAUGCAUCAUACAGGCAGACAACUGCAUGUUUUCACUGAAUUACUUGUAAUAAUUGUGUGAAAGUGACAAAUAAAUUGCCUGGUAUCCAUACAUCCUUG